AUGGCAGUCGGAGCGACCGCAAUCAACAUUCUAGGCUUUGUCUUUCUGAGCCAUGCCGUCUACAGCGCAUACGAACACUCUCUCCUGCCCUCAGCUUCCCAACCAACACCUCCGAGCCGCUUGCUACCUAGCUUUCUCGACCCCAGAGUCAACCUGCCGCUCGACAUAACCUUGGAGACGCUAUUCUCUGUGCUGCUACUCUGCGUGGGUGUGGUACUGAGCAGCCCAGAACUGAAGCCCAUACAAUGGAACGUCUGGGCCGGACGAUUGGAGAGAAGCAAAGAAGCGAGGGCAACUAAGGAGGUUGGUGUCGGUGGAGGGAACCCGUUCGCAGGGGUGGAAGAGCGGCCAGGGUUUCUGGAUAUCCGUGGGCAGAGGAAGGAGUUUGCUAGAUGGGUUAGGGAGGGUGAGAGGUAG